AUGCUGGCCGCCGCGCCCGCGGGCGCCAGCAGUGCGGCGGCGGGCAUCCCUCGACUGCACGUGUACGACCGGAUCCCCAGCGCCCCGCUGUCGAACGGCAGGCAGCUGCCCCUGCUGGGCCUGGGGUGCGCCAGCGGGGUUCGCAGGGAGCACGUGCUCUCGGCCCUGCGGCUGGGGUACACGCACUUCGACACGGCGCAGGCGUACAGGUGGGGCUACCACGAGGACGAGGUGGGCGCUGCCAUAGACGAGAGCGGCGUCCCGCGCGAAGGCCUGUUUAUCCAGACCAAGGUCUUCCCGGCAGAGCUGGGUUACAACUCGACGAUGCGGUCUUUCAACGAGUCGUUAGCGCGCCUGCGGUCUGAAAGCGUAGAUUCGCUGCUCAUUCACAAGCCGACCUGCUGGGGUGACAUUUGCGACCGGAAGCCGGAGGGCACCUGGCAGGACAGCUGGAGGGCCCUGGAGGAGCUGUAUGAGGCCGGCCGCGCGAGGGCCAUCGGCAUCUGCGACGCGGACGACAGGAUCUUGCAGCAGCUGUCGCAGAUGAAGCACAACGCUCACAUAGUCCAGAAUUGGAUGGACCCCUUUCACCAGGACAGGCGCGUGCGGGGCAAGUGCGAGGAGCUCGGAAUCCGAUACCAGGCGUACAGCACGCUGGGCACCCAGUGGGGGGCGCAAGGCCACAGGGAGAACCCGGUGAUGAACAGCCCAACGUUGCAGCGCAUCGCCAACGCGCACGGGCGAACCGUGGCGCAGGUGGUGCUCAAUUGGGCCAUCGGCAAGGGCGUGGCCGUCAUCCCUGCGUCCAAACAGGAGGCCCGGCAGCGAUCCAACCUCGCUUGCUUGGAUUUCGAGCUGGCGCAGGAGGAGAUUGCCGAGAUCGACGCGCUGGACGGCACGCUUGAGCGGCCUCGAGCUGGCGCGCAGAAGGACUCGGGGAAGCUAGAGGUGAAGUUCAGGGCUGGCGGCGAUCAUCGGACGCCGCUGAAGGCGUUCUGGGUGGACCAGCAGGGCGAGGAGGUGCCCGUCGGCGAGCUGGCCCUGGGCGGUGUCUUGGGCCUGUCCACGUACCACGGGCACAGGUUCAGGUUCAAGUCUGGUGGCGCUCCCGUGGCGGAGCACGUGGUGAACAGCGGGCUGGCCCGUGGGGACGGCGGCAGCUACGUGCACGUAGUGGAGGGAAGAGCGGCGGAGCUGUGA